AUGCGAACCGCGUCGAUUUUGAUUGCUGUUCUUUCGCUGUGUGUUUGCGCAAGUUAUUGCAAGGAUCUCAUAAUAGGAACCAGCUAUAAUGCUAGACUGCUCUGGCAAGAAAAGGCGGAAUACAGCGCGAUUCCGUUCAAGAAGAGGGUCAAGGAGGUAUUCUUCUCAGACCCGGGACAACAGAUAAUAAAGGGUAUUAUAGCGCGAGAUCUGGAUCACACGAACGCAGAAGCGUCAAUCACCGCCGGAGGCCUAGGGCAGCCCUAUGCCAAUUUUAAAUUAAAGAGUGAACGCGGUUCUGGGCUCAACUACCAGCUAGAAAUAUACGUUUAG